CGUGAUGGCGCUGUUGGUGCCACUGCUGCCUCCCUGGCUGCAUUCUGGUUGCAGAUGGCCGUCGCAGAUGGGUUUGGUUGGGCCAAAAGAAAUUUUAAAAGACGCUGCAAAAUCUGUUUGCUGAACAUUUGUACCGCUGCGGUGCUAGUAGUUACAGCUCGUCGAGUUCGUCGCUUAAGUCUUUCGUUUUAGCGUUUGUUUUUCUAAGUUAAAUACUCUUUUGUGUUUAAAAGCUUGUGUACUAACUUGAUUUCUUCCUCGGUUCAUAACAUUGAUUGGACACAUUUUUGUAAAACGUUUUUGUUUGUGACUGUUGGUCAAACGGGUACUUUAAGGCUAAAAAUCCGAUUAAACGAGUGAUCUAAAAAAAAUAAUGCCAGAAAUUUUUAAAAGUAAUUUAAAAACAUAGAAAAAGAAUUAAACGGGAAUUGUGUGUAAAUGUUAAUGCUACAGACAUACUUAUAUAUAAAGAGACUGGCUGUUUGAAGUGGAUGUGGCAAGCGUAACGCCGUUGCGGCAUUGCACGCGAAGUGAAGUAACCGACCAACACAAAGGUGGAGGCUUAAGCUUGAAAAGAAGUCAAGAACAGUUAGUUGACACUAAUACGGCUUGUCGCUGAUUUUAUUAUUUUAUUUUCAUUUUUUGUUUGGCUCACAGCAGCUGGAAAAAUAAUCAGAAAGAAGCUAAAGACAAAGAGUUGUGCAAAAAGGUGGUUAGAACUGUGAGUUGGGCAGCAGGACUACGUCAGAGGUGAUUGAGACGAAGUAAAUGCGAAGUGCAAACGGAAUUAGUGGCGCUGAGUAGAUAAAAACGUGUGAAUUAAGAAGAAUUUUAUAAUAAUUUAAAAAUAUUUAUAAAAAUAUAUAUUAAAAACGGAGUGAAAAAAUAUAUAAUUUUUUUUAAAUUUAUUAAAAUAUUGUAUAAGUUCUUUCCCCAAAUAUUAUAAACAAAAAUUUUGAGUGCUCUAAACCAAAAUUUAUCGAAGCAUAGAAAUUAAAAUAACAUUCCACGGGUUCUUAAACAAAAUUGUAUAACAAAUAUCUACAAUGAGAUCCUCGCAUUUAUCCUCAUUGGCCAUGCUGGUAGCUGCCACAUGCCUCACCAGCUUACUACAGCUCUGCAGCAGCACUAAUGCCGAUUAUCCUGGCGUUAUCGAGCUAGUAGGCUAUAGCAAUCGGCGCGCACGCACACACUACAUUCCGCCAGUUGGCGAUAGUCCCACACUUGCGCCACCACCGUCCAAAAUACAGGCUGAUAUCGAGACGGUGAAAGCGAAUAUCGAAAAAUACAAUAAGUUACUGACGCUGGAUACGAAAAAUUUGCCAGAAUCGCAAAAGGAUAUGCUAGAGCGUAUCGUUGAGCGUGUGGCACGUCUCAAGGAGUCGCUGGAUAUUAAUGAAAGCGAACAUCUAAAAGCUUCUACGAAGCCUGUUGAUAGUGAGGAUAUUAAUAGCGAAGCAGCAGCAGAUAAAACUUUGGAUGUCACCACAGAGGCCGCAAUCAAUACAGAAGCCGAGACAGAUCCCACUUUGGUCUUGGAUGAAACUACAUUGCUUCAGUUGCAGACCUCUAUGGAUGAGUUGGCUGCGGCACAGGCCGCUGUCACUGCACAAACUUCGGUAGCACGCGAGCUGCCAACCACCACAGAGUACAACUACAAUGGUAGCAGCGAUGAUGCCGAACAAACGGAGAGUGCCACAGAUAGCAAUGAGAAUGAUGAUACCACUGAAGGUGCGCUGGCAGCCGGCGUUGAUUAUCCCACCACCACAAUUGAUCCACUCACCGAUGCCACCGAUUCCGACGACCAAUUCGUUGCAGCACGCUCCAACAACAACAUAGCGGCAGCCUCAAUCAAAGCAGAACCGGAGGACUUGAAUGGUGGUCUUACCACAAUUGGCAGCCAACGCACGUUAACCACUAGCGGCAAAUUGACAAAAACGCGUGCCACUAAGAGACCCGGUUCUGGCGGUAUUACCAAAACGGGACAUACCUCGAAACGUGGCCAGAAACCUGGCACCACUGCUAGCCUGCAUCGUCACACGGCCAGCAAUAAGCAGAAAUUGGCCACAACCACCACGCAACCAUUGCAAACCUAUCAUCAUCAACAACAGCCACAACAACAACAUUUGCACAAACAGCCACAGCUGCAAUAUCAGAAACCCCAAACCGCGCAGCUGCCACAGUCCGCUUCCUCGCCCAUGUACCAAGUGCACAAAGUGUCUGCGUCACCGCCUGCCACACAGUCCAACGAUAAGACUUCAGCUGCCGCAGCCGCUGCUGCUGCCGCCGCCGCAGCUUCAACGGCCUCUAUCGCUUCACUGGCAUCCACUUACUCCUCCACGCCGGUCACUACAACCUUAGCCAACAACUAUGGCAAUGCCAAUAAUAAUAAUAAUGACAUGGACUACGAGCCUCAAGUGAAUACGUCGGCGUUAAUUGAUAGCCUGAAUCAUGCACGCGAGGAAUUCUACCAGCAGAAGCAAGGCGUCAGCAACAAGGAUAAGAAACCAUCGGCCACCGCCAAACCGACAAAGUAUCACUACUAUCCACACAAUCAACAUAUCUACUUGCUGCCCGAGUGCGCGAUACAGCAGGUCUGCAAUGCGGUCUAUGUGCGUCUGAAUUACACACAGCCAUUAUGCGCCUGUCCAUCAAGAUAUCGUGAUCCCUGCUCGGCCAGUCUGAAUGAGGACGAUCAGCAUACAACGAAAUUGGUGGGCGACAGCAAGAAGAAGGCAAUAACUUUGGCAAAGACAUGCGAGGCCACAACCGAGAUGCGUGAGUGCAGCUCACCGAAGGACUGGUCUCUAUUGGCACUGCAGAAUAUACGCACUGGCAAGUCGCACUACCUAAUCAUCUGCAGGUGUCCCGAUCACUUCAAAAUGGAGGGUCCCAUGGCACACGAUCAACCCAAGUACGCCAGCGUACCCGGCAUACGUGUUUUCGGCAUGAUGUGCGUCAAGCCCGGCUACUCGGUGCGCAAGCCAUCCGCACAGCCACCCAAGCGCUAUCAGCUACAAAAGCCAUUCUACCGUCCCGGCACGCAAAGCAGUAGCGCCUACAUCAACGUACCACAGUACGGCGCUAAAGACACCUAUGGUCGACCGAGCUCAUCAUCGUACGCCGCCGCAUCGCAGGCCGCGAGCAGCAGCAACAAUUACCAUUCGGAAAAUGGCUUUGCUAGCCAACACGGCCAAGCCGGCGGCUAUCAAUACUUGAACCGGCCGGACACUAACAGCGGCAUCAACAACAUUAACCCACAUCAAUCAGCCAUUAAUGUCGGCAACUAUCGACCGGAUACACUCACUUCGAUUAACAACUUCCAAACAGGCAUCUAUGGACGCAACAACGAACGCAAAGGCGAGACACCAAUCGAGGCGGCCAAAGAUGAGGACAAGUCGGUGAAUACGAGCACACAACAGUCCGCGGAGACGGCAGCUGCUGCAGCCGGCGGCAUCGAGGAGACAACAUCGAGCGGUGAUUUGGCGGCGGCUACGUCGCAGCAGCAAAACGAAGAGUUGGCACAAUUGCGCGCCAGGCGUUCGGUGAACGAUAUAGCGGCUAACGAUUGGGACGAUGAUACACCCGAGUUCCCAUGGGAUCGUGUUAUGGAGUUUCAGCAAACGAUCGUUUGGGACUGAGGUGAACGUACAGUAGCUUGGAUGAAAGCUGAGGACGUGGCGUAUGAGUAAUUUUUUUUAAAUUUUAGUAUAGAAAUGAUCGAGUGUGAUCUCGAGUUCAGUGGUAGAAGCAGGAAUAAAAUAAAGUAAAAAAUUUUAAUUCAUAAAAUCGCAUAUAUAAAUACGGAGCAGAUAAAUAAAAGUAAAGCUGUAAGAGUGUAAGAGCCGGCGGUACUAAGCGGCGUUCAGGUUUUGUGAAACAAAACUUUAAAGUGAAAGAGGCGAGUUUUAUAGCAAAAAUACUUUAUCAAACGAUUACUGUGACUGAAUGAAAAAUAAGAAAAUUUUAAAAAAUGAUUUAAAUAUUAAAAAAAAUAUAUUAAUAUUAUAUAAUAACAGCAUACAACAGUAGUAAUACACGGAAACUUUGUGUUUGCUCAGUAAAACCUUAAAAAAUUAAAUUUUUAAGAAAAUAAAUAUUUUUUAAACAUAAAAAAAGGGACUUGAUGAGCAAAUCAGUGAGAAGUGUACCACAAUACAAGUCAAAAUCCACAAUUUUUUCCCAAAUGGUUCUUCAAAAUUAAAAUGUUUGGGACUAAGCAACUUAAAGUAAUUUUAUCGUACCAAUUAAGUUCCACUAUCGAUAAACGUUUAUCGAUACACUAAAUUACUUUUAGCGCGAUUAUAUUUUAGCAUUUUAUUUUAUCAUAUUUUUAUAUUUACUUAAAUAUAUCGAUUACAUACACAUAACAAAUUAAUUGAAGCAUUUCGCGCUUUUCAUUGAAGUGCUUCGAUGAAUUUGUUUUAUUUGUGCGCAACGCCAAGGAAACAUCUAUUUUAUUUCAUACAAAACUAUGAGAAAGAAAAGAAAAAUCUGUAACUGUAACGUACACACACACCGACUACUUGCGGUUUUGAAGGUUUACGAAUUCGAAAAUCGAAAAUCGAAAAACUUAAACAUAACAUGAUUUAGUAUUUAUAUUAUGCAAAUAUUAUUUAUUUUAUAUAUUACAUUUAAGCUGCAUUUAUUAGUAAUUAAUUUUAGAAACGACAGAAACGCAAUCGAUUGCAUUUUGUACGAUCCGCUUGUACUUUGUAAUAAAUUAUUUUUUACUAAAAAUAAAA